CGUGGCCCUUCUGGAAGGUUCUUCAGUAGUAUAUAAUGACUUGUGGCUGGGCCGAGAAAGCCGCUUUUUCUCCAGAGCUACUCGAAGCAGCUACUCGUUUCCUGGUUUUUGAAGGAAAACGAAGCAGCUACAAUGUCUAAGGGACCAUCUGUUGGAAUUGAUCUUGGCACCACUUAUUCCUGCGUGGGUGUCUUCCAACAUGGCAAGGUGGAAAUCAUUGCCAAUGACCAGGGUAACAGGACCACUCCCAGCUAUGUUGCCUUCACUGACACAGAGAGGCUUAUUGGUGACGCUGCAAAGAACCAGGUGGCAAUGAACCCCACCAACACUGUCUUCGAUGCAAAGCGUCUGAUCGGCCGUAGAUUUGAUGAUGCUGUUGUCCAGUCUGAUAUGAAGCACUGGCCUUUCACUGUGGUGAAUGAUGCUGGCAGACCAAAAGUCCAAGUGGACUACAAAGGAGAAACAAAAAGCUUUUAUCCAGAGGAAAUUUCUUCCAUGGUGCUAACGAAGAUGAAGGAAAUUGCAGAGGCGUACUUGGGAAAGACUGUUACAAAUGCUGUCGUCACAGUCCCAGCUUACUUUAAUGACUCCCAACGCCAGGCUACAAAAGAUGCUGGAACCAUUGCAGGUCUCAAUGUGCUCCGGAUCAUCAAUGAGCCAACUGCAGCUGCUAUUGCUUAUGGCUUGGACAAAAAAGUCGGUGCUGAGAGAAACGUGUUGAUCUUCGACCUUGGUGGUGGCACCUUUGAUGUCUCGAUCCUCACCAUUGAGGAUGGCAUCUUUGAAGUAAAGUCAACUGCAGGUGACACCCACUUGGGCGGGGAAGACUUUGACAACAGAAUGGUCAACCAUUUCAUUGCUGAAUUCAAGCGCAAACACAAGAAGGACAUCAGCGAAAACAAGCGAGCUGUUCGAAGGCUCCGCACCGCCUGUGAGCGUGCGAAGCGUACUCUCUCCUCCAGCACUCAGGCCAGUAUUGAAAUAGAUUCCCUGUAUGAGGGUAUUGACUUCUACACCUCAAUUACCAGAGCUCGCUUUGAGGAGCUGAAUGCUGACUUGUUCCGUGGCACUCUUGACCCUGUGGAGAAAGCCUUGCGGGAUGCCAAGCUAGAUAAAUCUCAGGUGCAUGAUAUUGUACUUGUUGGUGGCUCCACUCGCAUCCCCAAGAUCCAGAAACUCCUUCAGGAUUUCUUCAACGGCAAGGAACUGAACAAGAGCAUCAACCCUGAUGAAGCUGUGGCUUAUGGUGCAGCUGUUCAAGCUGCAAUCUUGUCCGGGGACAAGUCUGAAAACGUGCAAGACCUGCUGUUGCUGGAUGUCACUCCUCUGUCGCUGGGUAUUGAAACAGCUGGUGGUGUCAUGACUGUCUUGAUUAAAAGAAACACCACAAUCCCCACAAAACAGACUCAGACCUUCACCACGUACUCUGAUAACCAGCCAGGUGUGCUGAUUCAGGUUUACGAGGGCGAGAGAGCAAUGACAAAAGACAAUAACUUGCUGGGCAAGUUUGAAUUAACUGGCAUCCCUCCAGCUCCAAGGGGCGUACCUCAAAUUGAAGUAACAUUUGACAUUGAUGCCAAUGGUAUCCUCAAUGUGUCGGCCGUGGAUAAGAGCACUGGCAAAGAGAACAAGAUCACAAUAACCAAUGAUAAAGGCCGCCUCAGUAAGGAAGACAUUGAACGCAUGGUCCAGGAAGCUGAGAAAUACAAGGCUGAAGAUGAAAAGCAGCGUGACAAGGUGUCAUCCAAGAACUCCCUAGAAUCCUAUGCUUUCAAUAUGAAAGCUACUGUGGAAGAUGAGAAACUUCAAGGCAAAAUUAGUGAUGAAGACAAGCAGAAGAUCAUGGACAAGUGUAAUGAGAUCAUCAACUGGCUGGAUAAAAACCAGACUGCUGAGAAGGAAGAAUUUGAGCACCAACAGAAGGAGCUGGAAAAAGUUUGCAAUCCCAUCAUAACCAAGCUGUACCAGAGUGCAGGUGGGAUGCCCGGAGGCAUGCCUGGUGGCUUCCCUGGUGGUGGAGCACCCCCCUCUGGAGGAGCAUCUUCUGGACCAACCAUUGAGGAGGUGGAUUAAAGCUCUAGAGAGGACAUUUCUGUGGACCACCUUCAGAACCGAAGGACUCAAAUUACAAAGGGCAUUCUUGAUACUUUGAACAUGUGCACAGGGAGGGGAAGGCAAACACUGCACUUUACCAGUACUGUAUAAAAGUAGAAAUGCAACUUGAGUCCCAAUAAACUUAUUUAAUUGGCAACAUGAAA